CCUUUGAUUGUUGGAUGCCAUGAUCAGUUCAUUGAGACGUUUGCCUGUUUUAAACGCAUCUCGAAGAUCUUUCAUUUCAUUCCUCGACUGCCAUCAUCACAAUAAACUACCAACAAGAACAACUUAUCAACCGAUCAUAUUCAAGCAUACAAUCAUGUCAAGCAGCAGCAGCAAUUCAAUCCCAUUCGAUACCGAGAGCUUUGUCAAAUUGGCAAUCGAUGUCUUGCACGACUUCGCUAAACGUCAAUCAAAUCGCUUAGAAACCGAAGCAGAAGAUUCUGAGGCACACAAUGAUGCAAUAGAUUCUUUACGUGAUGCCUGUCAUUUACUGCAACCAUUGGUGCCUUCCAAAGAUAGAGAUUCAAUUUCGUAUAUUGUACGCGAGAAGAAUCCUUCUGAUGAACCACAAUCAUACGAUGAAGCUUUUCAAGUAUUAAUCAAACUAGAAGAUUAUCAAUCGGAAGUUUAUGCAGUUUCAGAGGCUGUGGAGCAUUAUCGAAACAGUGGAAAGAUUCAAACAGAUAAGGCAGAAGCACAGCUGGACUUCCUUCAAUGGCUAAUUGGCAGUGCGUCGCAUGGCAGGAAUGGAUCGCUCUUUCGAAAAUAGAUAUAUCAUCUAGACAACAGUGUCAUGCGAAUCCUGAUGUUUUCUGAAGUCAUGC